CGAAGAAAAAACAGCAUGACUACCAAAAUAGAAUCGGAAAUCCCCUUGUUGCAGAGAUCUCCAGAUAUUUCUGAGACAACAAAUGAAGAGUCUGUCAAUGGCUUUACACCUAUGCACACAACACCCCCAUCUCCAAACAACCAAACAUGGAAAAAAUGUGGAAGUAACCACAAUAAAACUGAAGGGAAACUAAAGGAAAUAUUAAAACUGGGAUCAGCUGAGAAAAUGGAUACAAGUGCAAACAUAACAAAGACUGGAGUUUCUCUGUUUAAAACUAUGGUCAAAUGUUACUGGAAGGAAGCUAUCUCCUACCAAUCUGGCUUGCUGGUUCAUGUGGCUACAAACAUUUUAUGCCCAGUUGUUCUGGGAUGGCUGAUUAAUUUUACCAAAGACCCAUCAGAACAGAAUUGGCAUGGGUAUAUUUAUGCCCUGGCCUUCAUUUUGCUGAGGACUUUGUAUGUUUUUUUUGUCAUACUUUCCAAAUGGAUGCUUCUUUGUUUUGCCACACGUCUGAGGAGUGCUGGUAUUGGAUUUGUUUUUAAAAAGGCAUUAAUGUUGAGCAAUGAAGCUCGUAAAACCUCAACCCUAGGCGAGAUUGUGAAUUUGAUGGCUGUCGACACAGGCCACCUAGAGGCUAUGGUGAUGACUUCUAUGUGGGCUUGGAUGUGUGCAGCUUUUCUAGUCAUUGGGAUGUACUUGCUCUUCUCAAUUGCUGGUGUUGCUACAGCUGCAGGUCUGGGUUUCUUGCUGAUCAUGUUUGCUAUCAACAUUUGGAUGAAUCAGAAGAUGAGGGUUUACCAAGAAAAAAUCAUGGGCAUCAAAGAUGAAAGAAUAAAAAUAAUCAAUGAAGUUUUAAAUGGCAUCAAGGUUAUAAAAUUGUAUGGCUGGGAGCCAAUGUUCAUCCGUAAGAUUGAGGAAGUAAGAGAGAGGGAAUUGAAAAUCCUCCUCAAGUACUCCAUCAUGUCUGGGAUUGACUCAUUUUCUUGGCGUGUCUCCAUGGUUUGGAUUUUAUAUUUUAUACUGAUCACAUAUUUGUUCACCUCAACUGAUGAAAACUUGGAUGCGGAGACUGUGUUUAUGAGCAUGAACUACAUCAAUCUUAUCAAUUUGGCUGUGAAUGUACUGCCCAUGUUUGUCAGAGAUUUUGUCAAGGCCAAUAACUCUGUGAAAAGAUUAAAUAAAUACCUCAAUGCAGAGGACAUACAUUCUGAAAACACCACACGAGACAGAUCAGAUGCUGUGGCAAUUCGAGUUGAUGAUGCUGAUUUUGCCUGGGAAAAAUCAGGAAUGUGUACACUUCAAAACAUAAACCUAUCAGUUCCUAAAGGACAGCUGGUGGCUAUUGUUGGAACUGUGGGCUCUGGGAAAUCUUCCCUUCUGGCCGCCAUAUUAGGCGAGAUGCACAAAAUAAAAGGCUAUUUUAAUAUAAAUUCUUCCACAGCGUAUGUACCCCAGCUAGCUUGGAUCCAAAACAAAACUCUGAAAGAAAAUAUUUUGUUUGGUCAACAACUGGAUGAAACUUUUUACCAACAAGUUAUCUCCUCCUGUGCCCUGGGGCCAGACCUGGAAAUAUUGCCAGCAGGAGAUCAAACAGAAAUUGGAGAAAAGGGCAUAAAUUUAUCUGGCGGUCAGAAGCAGCGUGUGUCGCUGGCCAGGGCGGUGUACAGUCAGGCUGACAUCUACUUACUGGAUGACCCUUUAAGUGCUGUGGACAGCCAUGUUGGCAAACACAUCUUUGAUCAUGUCUUAAGUAAUGAUGGCUUGCUUGCUGGGAAGACAAGAGUUCUAGUCACUCAUGGAAUACACUGGUUGCCCUCAGUGGAUCAUAUCAUAGUGAUGUCUGAUGGACAGGUCUCUGAGUCUGGCACUUAUGAGCAGCUGAUGAGUCACAAUGGAGCCUUUGCUCAGUUUUUAAUUCAACAUCUCAAACAGGAGGUGACAAAUACAUUCAUAAGUGAAGAAGUUGUUCAGGAUGACAAUACAAGAAUUGAUAUUCUAAGACGUCUGGUGUCUGUGACAAGUGAGAGUGAGGUCAGCAUGAUCUCUGACGUGCUAGAGAUGGAGAGGUUGUCCACUACUUUAUCCAGCAGCAGAAGAUCCAUAUAUGGGAGUCAACAGCUGAUGGAACAUACUGGGGUCAAGCGCAGAACAUUAAGCAGUGGAAGUUCACAACAUAAAAGGUCAAAUGAAAACUUAAAAGAAACAAUUGCAACAUUAGAAAAGAAAUCACCUGCUGAAAAAGAAAAAUUGGUAGUAGGCCAAAACAGACUCACUUCUGAUGAGAAAAUGGAAGUUGGAAAAGUCUCUUGGUCUGUCUAUGGAGAAUUGAUGAAAAGUCUGGGAAAUGGGCACUCUUCAGCUGUCCUUAUCCUCUUGUUUUGCUACCAUGGAGUGGUCAACUAUUCAAAUAUAUGGCUUGCUGAUUGGACUGAUGAUAUCAGGCUGGGCAAUAACACAUUAAGAAACAGCACAGAGAGAUCUGAGGCAAACAAGUUUUAUGUUGAAAUCUACACAGGAUUAGCUUUGAUUUUAACUUUCUUCAAAAUAGUCUUUGUUAUACUGUUCCAAAUUGGGCAGAUCAAAGUAUCCAGAAAGCUCCAUAGUGAUCUUUUAUCAAGCAUCAUGCAUGCUCCAAUGAGCUUUUUCGAUACAACUCCCAUUGGUCGGAUUUUAAACCGCUUCAGCCAGGAUGUGGACAGCAUUGACAGCUACAUAUUCAUUAGUCUAGAAACUUGUCUUGACACUUCCUUUAGGUGUAUCAGCACAUUUGUUAUCAUCAGCUACACUAUGCCAGUUUUUUUGUCAGUUGUCAUUCCAAUUAUCAUUGUACUAUAUUUUGUGGAGCAACUUUACAUUAGAUCAUCUAGUCAGCUACGCCGCAUCACCUCCAAGAACAGGUCUCCAGUCUAUGCACAUUUCAGCGAGACCUUGUCAGGAGUUAGUGUCAUCAGGGCAUAUCAAGCGCAGGACAGGUUUAUGGCAGAAUCUCUAGAAAAAGUUGACACUUUUCAAAAGUCACAUUUGGCAUCCAAGGCACUGAACAAGUGGCUUGAAUCUCGGCUGAAUGUCUUAGGAAAUAUUGUCAUCACCGCUGCCUGUGUUUUUGCUGUUGUAUCAAGAAAUGAGCUGUCACCUGGUCUUGUUGGACUGAUGAUUACUUAUGCGCUUAGGGUAUCAGGUGACUUAAACUCAUUCACCAUGGAGUUUGGCAAUCUUGAGAAUCACAUAGUUUCAGUAGAGAGAGUCACUGAGUACACAAGGGUGCAAGCUGAGGCUCCUUGGCAGCUAGAGGCUGUGGAUGAUUCAUGGCCUACCACUGGAAAAAUUGAGUUCAUAAACUACAGUACAAGAUACAGGGAAGGACUUGACUUGGUUCUCAAAGAGAUUUGUUGCACGAUAAACAGUGGAGAAAAAGUUGGAAUAGUAGGCAGAACAGGGGCAGGUAAAUCUUCAAUGAUGUUAUCACUUUUCCGCAUUGCUGAAGCUUCUUCUGGUCAAAUACUUAUAGAUGGACUGGACAUUGCUCGUCUUGGGCUGCACACACUACGUAGAAAGCUGACCAUUUUACCACAGGACCCUGUGUUGUUUGCUGGAAGUUUGAGGAUGAACCUUGACCCAUUCAAUGAAAAGACUGACUCAGAUCUCUGGAAAGCUUUAGAACAUGUGCACCUGAAAUCUUUUGUUGAAGGACUACCUGGUGGCUUAACACAGGAGGUUGGGGAGGGAGGGCAAAGUUUAAGCAUGGGUCAGAGACAGCUCAUUUGCCUCGCCCGCACGCUGCUGAGGAAAACUCAGGUCUUUAUCCUAGAUGAGGCCACAGCUUCAGUGGACAUGGAAACUGAUGCGUUGAUUCAGAAAAGUAUCAGGGAAAAUUUCAAAGAAUGUACAGUACUCACCAUUGCACACAGGCUUAACACUGUCUUGGAUUAUGACAGGAUUCUGGUUCUAGACAGAGGGCAAAUUGUGGAGUUUGAUUCACCAGCCAAUCUUUUAUCCAACCAUGACUCAGUAUUUUAUUCCAUGGCAUCUCAAGCUGGUCUUGCUUAGUCAUGUAAUCUAGUCAAGAACUUGCAUCGUUUGUGAACCCGCGUGCUGUUGUUCUGGGUAAAAAACCAGAACGGUAAAUAAAAGCACAGCGACUUAUAUUUUUCCGCAACUAACUGCCAAAAAAAAUGUACUAUAAACAUUAACUCUAAUUAAAAUAUUUUUCACUAAAGAAUUUUUUGUUAUGAACUUUUUUAUAUCUUAUAAUAAGCAUCUUCACAACAACUCGUUUUAGAACAAUACCUUUAUUUAGGCUUACAAUGUUUAUAAAUUUUGUCUUAUUCUUAGCAGCAACAAUAAUAGUGUUACAUAACAGAUUACAUAUAAUAACUAAAUAAAUAUUUGUUUUCUGACAUAAUUGUAGUCCUUAGUAUUAAAAGUACAGAAUGACAAUUUUUGUUAGAAAUAAAUGUUCCUUUUCUUUUCUAAGAAUAUUCGGUGGUAUAUUAAAUGAAAAUUAAAUGCAUCUAACAUUUGAAAUUUAACAAAAAA